AUGUCGUCACUGUGGAAUCAUUAUAUACGUAUUUCAAGUGGAGUAGCUCAAUGUAAAUAUUGCAAAAUUCAGUAUAAUACGAAGAAAACCACGUCAUCAUUAAGAUACCAUAUUAAAAAUAAACACCCGGAAAAAUGUCAACCCACUACUCUGAUCGGCGAGAUUGAUUCUGAUUCUCAAUCCGAAGCGGAAAACGACCCAAGUACGCAAGAAAAUUCAAAUAAACGACCUAGACUAUCUAUACCUAGAAAAGAAUAUUAUAGUCAUCGCCUGUAUGGAUUAUAUGAUGCUGUGAGAAAUAAAUUAUUAUCAUCUUUAAACCAAUUCCCAUAUGUGUCCAUAACAACUGAUGGGUGGUCAUCACGCGCUAAUAAUUCAUUUGUAACUAUUACUGUCCAUGGUAUUGAUGAUCAGUGGAAUUUGUCCUCUUUUACCUUAGACACAUUAGAAAUGUUAGAAAGUCAUAAUGCCACAAAUACAUACAACCACCUGGCUAAAACAUUGAAUGAUUGGAAUCUUUAUGACAAAGUGAUUGCAGUCGUACACGAUAAUGCGCGGUACAUGGUUGCUACUGUACGAGACAAUUGGGAAGCUGAUGAUGAUAUCGAGAUAAGUGUCCGCUGUUUCUGCCACACUCUACAGUGUGCUGUAGAAACAGCUUUAAAAGAAUGUAAUUUGAAAGAUUGUUUACAAAGAGUGUCAGCCAUAGUUGGUCACUUUAAUAAACACUCGAAUAAAGCUAGUACAGCUUUGGAAAACGCUCAAAAAAAACAUCAUCUGCCAACUCACCGGUUAAUAAGCCACUCUCCAACACGUUGGAAUUCGGCAUAUGAUAUGGUCGAACGUCUAGUUGAGCAGCGUAAAGCUGUUGAGUGUGUUCUAUUAGAUAAGGAGAUAACGACUAAAAAAAUGAUGAAAAAAUUACUUCUAAAUGAAUCUGAUUGGACCUAUUUGCGAGAUGUCAUCAAAAUUUUUAAGCCAUUUGAGGUUGCGACAAGAUUAAUGUCUUCUGAGAGCCAGUCUACUCUUUCUAUGGUACGGCCAACUGUUUAUUCAUUAUUGAAAAAAUUUUUACUGCAGCAAGAUGAUGACAGUGAAAAUAUUUCAUUACUAAAAGAAAUUCUUGAAAAAGAAUUAACAACUCGUUUUUUAACCAACACAAAUGUAACUUGUUGUGCAAUUGCAUCUUAUUUAAAUCCACGUUACAAAGAUUUAGCAGAUGAAGAAGAAUCAUAUCGGGAUAAGAUCAAGGAAAAAUUAAAAGAGAUGAGAGAGAGAAUUACAGUCAAUGAACCUGAUUUGAGUAAAAAUCAAAGGGAGAGAGAUUUAGAUUAUCUUUUUGAUCCAGUACGUGGGUUGUCUGGAAAUCUGCAGAGAAUGGCAAGUCUUGAAGGCCAAAGUGCUAUUGAAAAAGAAAUGAUAAAAUAUGAACGAGAGCCGACAAUUCCAAAGUCAGACAACCCACUACUUUGGUGGAAUUCCAAGCGGAACAAAUUUCCGAUCCUGGCAAAUUUCGCCAGAAAAUUUUUAUGCAUUCCUCCUUCCAGUACACUUUCCGAGCGGGUUUUUUCAACUGCAGGCAAUAUAAUUUCUGCCAAAAGAAGCUGUCUGUCACCAGAAACUGCUAACUUACUAAUUUUUUUAUACCAAAAUAGAGAUAUGAUAGAAAAACUAGAUUAA